UUGCAUUUAUUUCGCAGCAUUUUUGUCGUCAUCCAAUCUCGUCUCAAUCGACAGAAUGGAGAGUGUUGGGUCCAGUCUCUCUAAAGAACCAGGUGACCACCUGAAAGACACUGUGGUCUCUUCUCUACCUACAAAGAAGCGGCAACGACGAGUAUGUGUUCUAUUCGUACCAUCGUUGGUGGAUCAGACCGCCGAAGCUCCCGAAUAUGAUCGGACUGCAGAACCAACCGACAUUUUCGACUGUGAUGGCUGUGGCAUACGAAUCCCCUCGGGUAUCAAGGGAUACGAGCCCUAUGCGACAUGCACCACAUGUGAGGAUGGGUUCGAUCUCUGUGGAAGUUGCUGUGGGACUGACAGAAUCAUGAAGAUCUGCGCCCAAACGGAGUAUUUGCCCGACAACAAACCAAAGACAAUCAGCGUCGACAGCCACAAACACAUGCUACAAGUGGUGGACCGAGGAGCCGAAAUUGCAUGGGCCAAUGAGGGGAGUGUACGAAAUCUAACCAAGGAACUCAAACCAAGUCGAUCACCGCGGAAGACCCCCAAGUCAAAGGGGCAGGGUAGCGGCAAGAGGGCGGAGAAGUGAAGUAAAUGGAAUAGUCCAAGGGACAAGGGGAUGUCCGAGCUUGUGGGUGGUUCGGGAUGAAGUCUUCAAGUCAUCUCUUGCUACGUACGUGCGUUUGUUUUAUCUGUGAGUACGCACUGCGACGUCUCAAGCGUCUCCCCACAUCCAAGUCUGGCAGCAAAACUUCAAAGGCUUAACACAUCACAGAAGCGUGUGGCCUACUAGAUUAUUGCACUGAUUGAAUACAUACAGCUAGUACGUUUGAGCAGAAAUUUAUGGUUGGCUGCAUUGGAAAAAGCAUGAGUUGUCACUAGUCAUGUAGAAUCUCAGAUUCUGCCCGCUCAGCUUUGCCAUCAUCUAGAGCUUGAUAUACACCUGGAAUUGCUUGACUUCCAUAUCCAAGGUAGACCCCUGGAGCCUGCAACACAUGACGAUAGUAAGGUCGAACGGAAAGGCCCUGACGCAGGAAUUGUCCUCCAACAAAUUAGAGGUGCCAAUGGAUGUCCUCAAUCAGAGUCAAGUCUGUGAGUUGGUGGAUGCAUCCAGCUUUCUCGAAAGAAGCGCAGCAGACUCUGAGCUAGCUAACAUGUAACAUGUACUGGUACUUAGCAGUAGUGCAUGUCUGUAGAAGAGAAAAUUGUUUGGAAUGGUGUCCACCUACCGGUACCGGUACGGUGUUCCUGGUACCGUACCAGUACCGGCGCCUCGAGGUAAAGGUCUCCAAUUGGUUCUUUAUUUGUGUAAAAACUGGAUUUUUGGAGU